GUAGAUAUCGAGGUCUGCCAAAGGCUCCGAGAUCGGAUCCUGGAGAACUCCUUAGACACAGACAUGAUAACACAGGGACCGGCGGCAUGGAUGAGUGCGCAAGAGGCGCAGCUGUGGGAGACUCAGUGCCCUCUGUAUCUGAACUCACAGUACCACCGAGCGUUGUCAACUCUGGACUGGCCGGCCCAGCUUAACGACACCAAGGUGCUGGUGCUAAUGACAGGACACCAUUGGCAAAGAGAGGAGACCCCUCUGGGCCCCAAAUACGAAGUCAUGGUCGCCAAUCUGGUGAAGUAUCUCGAGGAUGCCAACUACCAGGGAAAGAUCAUCAUCAGCACGUCUCCCGUGGGCCAUGAGAAUUGCAUUAAGUACAAAGAGCCGUACGCAGCCACGCCUAAACCAACAGCCACACGCUACAACUGGGAACGGGUGACCACCGUAGAACACAUGUGGCAAGAGGCCUUCGACAACUCGCCGCUCAAUCCCAAUUCCCACAUCCUGAACAUCUCGUUCUCCAUUCUGCGCCCAGACGCACACUUUGUUGGUGGGGGUGACUGUCUGCACUACUGCACCGCAGGUCUGCCUGACACUUGGGUGCAUGUGCUGUACAAUCUGCUGCUGCAGGUGUUGUAAGGGGGUGGUUAUGUAUAUACAUUCCCCUGUAACAGGUGUUGUAAGCGGGUGGUCUACUCGCAUACAUGAACAUCCACCUGCAAUAGGUGUUGUAAGGGGGUGGUUAUGUAUAUACACCCCCCUGCAACAGGUGUUCUGGGGAGGGGGUGGUUAUGUAUAUAAACCUGUUGCAGAUAGUGGUUUACUGGCAUACUGUAGGGGGGCGGCCCACCUGCAUACAAUGUAUAGUCCAUUCUGUGUAUCUCAUCGCAGGAGAGAGCCGUGUUUGUGUCCUGAUCUCUUUCGCUGCGGGUGUUUGCCCUGCCCUAUGUCCCAUUUUCAGGACCGCUUGUUGGCCCUGCCCUAUGUCCUGUUUUUAGGACCGCUGUGUCCUCUGUCAGGUGCAUUGUAUGUACCCAUACGCCCUAGCUGCCUGUGGCGACCCCUCAGCCGUUGCAACGCAAUGAGUGUCGUAGCCAUCGACAGCCCUCCCAUGUACCGUCCUGCAUUGCAAGUGACAGCUGUUGUACGUGCAGGUUUGGGGUUUUAGGUACCUCUUGCUAUGAGUGGUAUAUUGGCACAUGGAGCAGGAGCACGCAGGCAGCAACAGUCGCAUAUGACAAGCGUCUUUCUGGGGAUUGAAACCCUAAAACCCAAGAACUGUGACAUCUCUGAUUGCAAGCGCUGCAACACAGCCGGUGCGUCAUCCCCCGCAAAUGCCAUAGGGUUUUAGGGUUCUAGGGUUUCAAGUCACAGAACUCAGUCUCUCCUGACACGACACGGGGUGUACUUGCGUCUACGUCUUCAGACUCAGAGACGACCAACUGGGUUUUAGGGUUUAUGGGAUAUUUGCGCCGAUUGGGCCUGCUAAAACCAUAAACCCUAAAAACAUCAAACGCCCCACACAAUGCAACAACACGCAGCCACGGCUAUAUUGUAUAUAGUGGGGGUUAUGUAUUCAUUGGGGUGUCCUGUAUACAAUGAUACAAAUGAUACAACAACACGCCACGACUAUAUUGUAUGUAGUGUAUCGUGGGCUGGUCUUGGAGGCAUUACUUUAGGUCCAUAUGGGCCCUAAUGUCUAGGAACAGGUGCGCAGGUCCCGGUUCAGAGUGUUUGGAAGCCUUACCUAACAAGGCUAUACCCACAGCUGAUGCCUUUUCGUGUGGACUCUAGCCCCACCGGCUUAUCUGUGGCUAAGAUCAGAACACCCACAACUACCCACACGGACUGUAAUGGUUUGUGGGAAGUUUUGGUGAAAACUAGUGGUGUGAUUUAAUAAAGCACACCCCAUGGUAGUAUAUUAUAAAGAUAUGAUUUGAUAAAGCACACGCCAUGGUAGUAUAUUAUAAAGAUAAGGUAUUCGUAUGAUUUAAUAAACUAUUCACUAAAUGCCGC